UGUUUCCGCCAGAGUGGCUGAUGAUGUGGUUCUGGUCGGUUGAUCUGGGCAGCAUGUCUAAGGAUGUACUGCCGGUCUUGCUCCUUACACUGGCCAUGAUCCUGCCUGGCCCCCUGGAUGCCCAAGAGAUUAAGACUGCCUCUGAGGGGAAUUCCAUCAACAUCACCUGCUCUACAAGUGAGAACUUGCUGGGGAUCUACCUGAAGAAGACCUGGCCGCAGAAUAAGAAUGUGAUUUACUUUGAAGACGGAGAAAACGCCACAGUAGACAAGAACUUCACAGGCCGAAUUGAUUUCUCCGGUUCCCAGAACAACCUGACCAUCACCAUGCGCCACCUCCAGCAGGAAGACUCUGGCAUCUACACCUGCCACGCUGUCAGAAAAACCAAAACAGAUGGCCCAUCCACCAUGGUUGUGGUGACAGAAAAAGUGUCCCAGGAGACAUACAGAUCCCAGGAACCUCAGGGGACAUCAGUUUCCCUCCUGGCUAUCUUGGCUGUAGGCUUCUUCCUCCUUGGGCUGGUCCUCGGGAUGCUGUGCAUGCUGAGGAAGACACAGAUCAAGGAGCUGUGUGCCUCGAGGAAGAAGGACUCACGGUGUGUAGUGUAUGAAGACAUGUCCUACAAGCACAAGACUCCAUGUACCUCUAACCCGUACCAGUGAGCCCUCUACCCAUGGUCCCCCGCCCCAUGCCUUGUUUCAGCAGAGUUCAUAGUGGUCCUGCUGACCCACCCAGCCCAGCUCCCCCAGCACCCUGACCAUGACACUCAAGUGCCCCCUUGGUGCUUCUGGGUGAGUGGGACUCCUCCUCUGUAAGCUUCCCUACAAGGCUCUGCAAUCUAUCCCCACCCUAGCCAGGUAGCCCUGACCAUGUUGCCAUCAGAGAA